AGAAAAUGGCGGCUGUUUGUUGACAGUCACCAUGAAACGAUUUAAAAAGUUGUGUUGUAGCCGAUUAUGAAGAAUUAGCAUUCUUCGAUUAAACAAGGUCCGAAAGACCUGUUUUCAAACGAUUGUUUGUUCGAACAUUCCAUUUGGAAGAGUGUAGGAUUUCGGUGGAACUUGCAAAGCUAUCAAGAUGACUGGCAUGAUGAUAAACAACCAGGUGAUCCUGGAGGAAGACUAUGAUGAGAACUACGAACCCACAGAACCAGAGGUUUAUGAAUAUGCACAGAUUAUUGGACUUGAUCCAAAUGUGGAACCACACCUCAUGUGGAUUGCCAAGGAAGGAAUCAAUGCACCGCUGCCAGAAAACUGGAAACCAUGUCAAGACCCAGAGCAGAACAUAUACUACUUCAACUUCGCCACCGGGGAGAGCAUAUGGGAUCACCCGUGUGACGAGUUCUACAGAGCUAUGGUCGUGGAGGAGAGACGCAAACAUGCCCUCAACAAGUCAGGUCCUCAGAAGAAAAAGGGUAAACCUGUGAAAGAAGACUUGAAAAAGAAAAAGGAAAAACCUGGAUUCAAGCAACUUGGGCCACUGAAAGCUGAGCCAAGUAGAGGCACACCCUCUCUACACCAGGGCAGGAAUCAGCUGGGUCCGCUCAAGUCCUCUGAGGGUCAGGCCACAGCCGGGUCAUCACAGCUGGCACCCCUGAGGGGGUCUGCCGGAGCAAGUCAGCCGAUUCGCUCCAGUAUGAACACUACCACAGGGUCGCUGAAGUCCAGCAAGAUGAACAUGACCAGCAGCAUGAGCAUCCCCAUCUACUCCACGGAGUAUGACGAUGAGGAUGAGAAGCCUACAAGGAGGCUCCUGGAUGACACUCAGGAUAUUGGUGCUUUAGGCUAUGAGGAAUCCGAUCCAGGGAGUGUGCAGGAUCGAGCCCCCAUCAAGAUAGAGACAGACAGUGACAGUGAUGACUACCAGAAGGAUGUUGACUUCUUCAUCAACAGCAAACUGAGUGAGCAGCUGAUGGACAUCGAGACGAUGGACCCUGUGAUGAGGGAGUCGCUAGAGAAGUUGUAUCCAGGAACAAGAUACCAGGACAUCGAGCUGACAUCGUCCCUCAAGUCCACGGCCAGAGAGAGUCCCCUGGAAGAUGACAGGAAGAGGAUGGCAGACAUGGCAGCUUCGGCUGCAGACAGACGUCUGGUCAAGGAUGAGGAGCAGAAGGUGCAGACGGCCAAUGACCGGGCUGUCAGUGACAUGAAGCGACGCAUGGAGAAGGAGCUCGAGAACGCCAAGCUGGAGCUCUUAGAGGACAAGGAUUCUCGGCUGCGGAAGCUGAAGGCGGAGAUCCGGCGGGAGCAGGAAGAGGAGGAGAGGAAGCUGAGAGAUGAGAAGGAGGAGAGCAUCAAACUGGCCGAGUCGAGGUUGCAGGCGCAGGCUGAGCAGGAGCGGGAAGACCUCAAGGAUGCGCGAGAGAGUGACCUCAGUAAACUCAGGGAAGAGUGCGAGAGAAAGAAGCAAGACGAGGAAAAGAAACUGCGGGAGGAGAUGCAGCUCGCCCUGCAGCGACUCCGCGAGGAGGUGAAGUCACUACAGGCGGAGGAACAGGACAAGCUAGAGGAGGAGAAGGCAAAGGCCCUCGACAAACUUCACUCACAGGUGGAUGUUGCAUUGUCCAGUGAGAGGGAGAAGCUGGAGGCAGAGCGCAACAGGAAGAUGGAGAAGUUGAGGUCAAGGCAGGCCCAGGAACUGGAGGACCUAGAGGACGAGCUGGAGAGGAAGCACAAGGCCAAGGUCGAUGACCUCAGGUCCGACCUGCAGGAGAAACAUUCAAAGGCGAUGCGUGAGAUGCAGAUGGAGGUGAAGCGGCUCCAGGCGGAGCAGAGCGAGCAGCAGGAGCAGGAGCUGGAGGUGGCCCAGAAGAGGCAGAGAACCAUCAACGACAUGGAGAAAGGGCUGGACGAGGUUCUGGCAGAGAGGAGGCAGGAAAUGAAGGAGGACCAGAAGAAGAGAAUGGAGAAGUUGAGGAAGGACCACGAGGAAGAGCUGAGGAAGAUGCAGGAGGAAUACAGGAACACGAUUACCAAGGAACAGAGGAACCUGACCAGCACCUUUGAGGCUGAGAAAAGGAGGCUUGAGAAGCAGCACAGCCAGGAGAUGGAGAGUCUGAAGCGUCAGUGUGCCCGCAAGAGAGAGAGCCUGCAGGAACAGCUGGAGGAUGAGGAAGAAGAAAUUCGGGAGAAGAGUGCAGAUUUAGAGAGGAAGAAAAAGGACAUUGAGAAGAGUUUUAAGAAUCUGGACAUUGAAGAGCAGAGGCUAGACGACAGGAGGGAGAAGUUCCGGGAGGAUCAGAACAAGUUAGACCAGCAGCAAGAUGAUGCUUUUGGGAACCGAGCCCAGUCUCUGACAAGUCAUGAGUUGGAGAGGAUGAGGGAAGAGAGGAAGCAGCUUCAAGAAGAGAUCCGGAUGGCGAGAACAGAUGUUGAGGCUUUCAAGAAGGACAAGAGGAUACUGGAGGGGGAUGUCCUGAAGCUGAAAAUGACGCGGGACCAGAACACGCGCAAACUCAAUGAACUGAAGGAGAAGUUGGACAAGAAGACCCAGGAACUGGAAAAACUGCAUCUCCGCAUCAAUGAGGCCAUCGAGGAAAACGAAACUGCUGGCCGGCAGCUCUUGCACAGUACCACCCGAGUGGCUGACCAGACAGCUGGACGACUGUCCAUGGAUGACCUCCACCACACAGACAGGAGGGCCAGCAACCCUCUGCUCAGUGAGGAGGACGACUCCUCUAUACAAGUGCCUAUACCUGGCUCAAAGAAGAAGAGCGUGAGGAUGACAGAUGAAGCUGAGAUGAUCUCUGCGAGUGUGUUGGACAUGUUGUCUGAUGAUGAACCAGAGUCUUUCGUGACAGGCACCUUCAGCAGAGUGUUACGAGAUCACCUCAAGAAGGAGAGUUCAUCCAUUGGCCUGGCUAAGACCUUCCUCCGUAAACAGCGGCAGUCUCUGAAGCGGCGCCAGGCAGCCCUGACAGCAGCCAAACAGGAACUGACGCGAGACAUGAGUCUAGCUCAACAAGGGCCUCUGCCGGAUGACAGUGCGAGGCUGCUGGAUGAUGUGAGGUCCAGUCUGGAGAUGGAGGCCCUCAAGCUGGAUCAGAUGGAGGUGCAGAUGGCCGCUGGGUCCAGACUCGUCCGCGAGAAGGAGCUCAAGAUAAGGCAACUAGAGAACUGCAAUGUGAGCGACAGUGAGACAGAGUACACUCCCUUUGAACACCGCUACAAACCUAUGAGUCUUCCAUCCCUCGACAUCAGCGAUGAUGACGAGAGCAGCGGCAUCAGCAGCACUGACUACAACCUCGACAACUUCAUUCAGGGAUUAACCAAGCAGCAUCAGCAACUUCAGCAACAUCAGAACCAGCAUCAGCAUCAGCAUCACCACACUCCCCCUGCCCCAGGGUCCUCCUCCUCUGUCCACAACGAGUCAGCACCAAGCCCAAGUAACCCUCUAGCCCAGUCUCUAUACAAGAUCAACAGUGAGCUAUCUCGGGUGCUUGGGAUGAUCAGCACUAAUACCCACCAGCCACCACCCACAGGGGGCAGCACCCACUCCUCAGCGUCCACCAACCCUCAGUACCCCAUCUACGUCCCCCACGCUCCCAACACCCCAUACUCCAGCUGGGCCACGGACAACAGAUAUGUCCACUCUCCCCUACACAGAGUGGACUAUUCCAACCUGGCCCACACAGCAGAGGUGUCACUGGAGAGGAAAUGGAGGAAGUACUUUGGAGACAGAAGACCACCUUUGACCAGUGCUUCAACUCUCACCACCGGAUCAGUGGGCAUUGGUCAUCCCCCGGUCAGGGAACAGCUGCGACAGUACCGCCUGAGUCUGCUAGAGACCCACCAGCAGCCCGGGGUGUCCACCUCCGACAGAUUGGCAGAACACAAGCAGUGGCUACACCGCUUCCAGCAGGACAUCAGCUUCGGGGCUUCCAUAGUCCGGCAGUCGGGGUCCGACGCAGGGUCGAUCACUAGUCUAGGUGGUGCCUCUGACCAGAAGUCGUAUACCGAGCCUUUCUCCUCCACCCCAGCCCGCCCCACCCACCCAGCCUCUCACAGGGGAGGAGGGGCCAUCCGCCUCGAGCUGGACGACAACAAUGAUAUUGUUGUCCGACAAUACCAGCUGUGAUUCUGUGAUAUAUAAUGCUGGAGGGAAUUGUAUUGAACAAGAUAGACUACAGAGUUCAGGAAAUGUAGCAUCAGAAUGGUGCUGAAAGCAGUGUUAAUCAACGUUAACUCACAUUCAUGCAGAUGCUGAGCAUCAAAUAGUACCGUCCAUAAGAGUUUGUUAGAAACAGGGUUGGAAUAUUUGUCCCAAGGGCAUGGUGUGUCAGAUGUUGUUAAAUAGUUUGUGUCACUUGUAUUUGUUGAAAGCUCCAAUAUUGAACAUCAACGAACAUGAUCAAUGCUAUUUCGGACUUGCUUACAGUUUGACUUCAGAACAACCAUUUGGAAACUGCUGAUGUUUCAUGUUUUCAGGAAGUAGUUAUCUUGAGAGAUGCACGCAAGCACCUGCACUGUCUCACUGCAAGACUGUUGUUGACCACUGCUUCUGUUGCAGAUGUUUGUGAACUAAUCCUUGUGGUUAUACUUAACUGUCACAGAUAACCUUGCAAGAGCACCUGCACAGUGGUGUCCGUGUCCUAACCACUUGAAGUCCGGAAGAUGGUGGACAGUGGUCAAGCGUGACCAGUUUCAGUUGUGUACUUUAUUUCAUGUAACACUCUUACCAAGGGUAUCUUAUGAUGGACUAGCCACAAAUCUGACUUAGAGUUUGGAAAAAAAUUACAUUUUCUGUCUGAAUUAUACUUCAAUAUUGCUGAUUGUCCAGUGGGUGCAGUGGUGUCCACUGGUCUUCAGGAAUCCUAUUUGCUGUGAAGAGUUGCAUCCCUUAGUAUUGCCAGGAUUCCCAAAUCAAAGAUUUCCCCCAUAAUGAUCCUUGGUUUGUCAGCACGAGGGAAGCCCAAUUGUUCAAGGAACUCGCUGUGUUCUGUCAUGUCAGCACUCUAGGAAAUGUUUUCGUGGGUUCAAAUCCCAGUUCGCCUCAGUUAUGUUUCUAGGUUAGUUAGGACCAUACCCGUGCUCGUGGGUUUCGCCAAAGUGACAAACACCUAAGACCUGCAUCACUUUGGGCUUCCCUCCCACAUCAAGCUGACUCGUUGGAAUACUGUUCAAAGUGGCAUUAAACCCAACUCACUCACUCACUCACUCUCAGUACAAAAUGACAUGCUGGGUUUGGCAAAGUGACAAGCGUCUAAAACCUGCAUCACAUUGGUCUGUCUUCACAAAUUAAGCAGACAAGCUGUAUUAAAUACUGUUGAAUGUAGCGGUAAACCCAACUCACUCACUACUUAAACACUGAUAAAUUGCCAUCUCUGUGUAAGUCUCAGUAGAACAUACACCAUGUCUCAGAUGUGUCUUGAUGUAACUACAAAUAUUGUGAUUAUUUUUACUGCGCUGACAUUUUCUAUGAAAUAUUCUGCAUGACAAUAUUACAAGGACAAGUGCCAUCUUGAAAACUGUUACUUCACCGUCCAGUCUAUUUUUGUGUACAUGAGUGUUUAGUUUUUGCUGCGGUACAUGCAAGCAGAUGCCUUUUUUUUUAACAUAAAAAUAAAAACAGUUACUGCUUGAUCAUGAAGAUCCCACCAAGAGAGCAUUUGUAUUUUUAACAGCAAUGUAUCUGACUUCUUGCCUAUGCAAUAUAUUUUGUGGCGUGUAAAUAUGUCUUUUAACAAUUCACCAUUGUAUUGACUGUGAGUACAAUGUACAUGAGUAUUGUUUGAAAUGUAUGCUUAUAUGUAUGUGGUGCAUUGUAAUACCAGGCAAAUAGUAACUGAUUGUAUAUAAACGAAUACAAUGUAUACACACUUAAUGCAGAUUGUAUUUUACUACUUGUAGCACAGUGCAUGAUUUUGCAUUCAAUACAUUGUAUAUACCUUAAUUACAUAGUGCAUGAUUGUAUAAACACACUAAUUCCACAGUUCAUGAUUAUGCAUUCAAUACAUUGUGUAUACCCUCAUUACAUAGUGCAUGAUUGUAUAAACACACUAAUUCCACAGUUCAUGAUUAUGCAUUCAAUACAUUGUGUAUACCCUCAUUACAUAGUGCAUGAUUGUAUAUACACACUUAUUCCACAGUGCAUGAUUAUAUAUAUAUACAUGGGUACAUUGUGCAUGUACUCAGUAAAUAGUGCAUGAUUGUAUAUACAUAUUUUACAGUGAAUAAUUGUAUAUAUGACCAGUUAGCGUGGCUAUGACAAGUGCAUGAUUGUACAUGAUUGUAGUUGGUUGUAUGAUUGUAUACAGUCAGUGCAGGACAUGUUGUAUAUUCACAUAGAUAAAGACCAUGACUUGGUAUGUACAUUGGAUAUCUUAUUGGACUUAAACUUUCUAUAAAAGUUGUCUGUAGAAUGUUUUUGUCAUAAUGCCAUUAUUUUUUAUUGUUGAAUCACGGAUAUGCUGACCAUAAUUUGAAUUUGAAAAGAAAUAGUCCAAAUUUACUUUUUUGUGCAAAUAUGCAAAAAUAUUCUGUGAUUUUAUAAAAUACCAUCGACAACACUAAUGUGAUGCUCACUUUGAUAUUUUGCCAAAUCACCCAUCAUCGCUGAUUCUGUGCAUAGUAAAUCUUGAGUUCUGCCCUUAUCCUUGACAGAUGCACUUAACUGUAUACCGAAAUGAACUCCCUAUGUCUUCCAAGAAAAGUCAACAUUUCACACACUUACAGAGUUUGAAAGUCAAAGUUCCAGGAUGAGGCAGAUGUCAUUUAUUUUUUUACUCCUCGAACAUCUGACUUUGGUAGACCAAUCUGUGGUCCAGCAAAUAAAUGACUAAAUAAUGGCAUUAACAUUAACAUGUACAGGUGGGUGGUCAUAGUUCUAGUGGGUUCUCGUUCUUACUCAAUAUUUUAACCCACUAUAACACUGAUCACCCACCUGUGCGUGUACCAUCUUCCCGAGGCAAGCGUGUCCACUAGCCUAUAUCAAAGCCUAGUUUCUACCCUUGCCACAUCAAGACCACUUUUCUUGGCUCAACCCUGGCGCCAAUUUGCGUAGAUCAUGAGUUGUGCCCCUUAAAACACGAUAUCCAAUCAAAUCACUUAUCUCGUAUGGCUUCACAUGGCAAGGACCUAGUCGAUCAGAUAAUGAAAACAUUUGCUAUUUCAUCCCUGACACAAAAAUAAGCUGUGGAUGUUGAUUUUGUGAAACAUUCUCUGAUUGGACUGUCAGUAUGUGCGAUAGUCCAAUCAUAUUUAGCACAGGAAAGUGGGCUUGAUGUGGCAAGGGUGGAAACAAGACUUUGAUAAAAAGGCAAGUGGACACUGUUGCCUCGGGAAGAUGUAUGUGUUCACUCAUGUUAUGUGUAUCUUCUUUCAUUGUACAAAUAUCAUCCCAUGAGUAUUUUCCUUGUAGCCUGAAGUAUAUCACUGGAAGAUGCAGUGUGUCAAAUAUUCAGGGUUAUGACAUAGUGUGCAGUAAUUGACAUAGACGUGUGUAUACAGCCUUCACCUCAUAAUCACCUUUACCCUCCCACCUUCUCAACUCUAACCUUUGGUCAUUCAUGUGCUCAGUAUCAGAUGUAAGGAGGCAUUGGAUUGGCUGAAUUCAUCCAGUCUAACAUAUUCUUUCUUGGAAGCCAUUGAUUAGAAUAUUAGUAUCCUUUAGUUGAUAUAGAUCUGAAAUCUUUCUUUGGUAACGUUUGUAUCAUAAAAGUUUGAACUAUUCAUAAGAAGUGGUAACUUUGUAUGUAUCUGCUGAUUAUGUUCUCAAUUGUUGUAGUAUGGUAGUUACACAAAGGAAUCUCCUUGUUUUAUUUUGUAAAAGUUUUUUUUUACACAAAAUCUGGAGUAAGAAAAUGUCUAAAUUGAAAUUAUAUGCCACAAUGAUUUUUAACGAUUUGGAUCUCCCAACAUAUGUUUUUGCUAACUGGGUCAAUAUUUGUCAUUACAAGAAGACAUCUAAGACAUACUUGUUAGCAGUUUGAAUUACUUUUUCAUUUUUGUCAGAUAUAUCACAUAAUGGAUGCACCUCAUGCCUAUUUCACUUGUUUAUGAUUUGAUGGUCAUUUAAUUGGAAUGAAUCGUAUAGAUAGUGAAUCUCCUAGAGGUAGGUAGAUAUGGCACUCGACUUGCCCAGUUGAGUUUGGUCCAUUAUGUCACACUUUGUAACACUAAGGCAUUGUUUCCCUUAGGCUAAAAAAAUUAAUAGUCUUGGUUCUUAGGCCCACAUUAUCACAAAGUCUGCCGCACGUUUCGUUUUUAUUU